AUCAUUUAUUUACGUUUUAUUAUACUCUUCUCUCUUCUUCUACAUCUCUUCUUCUCCUUUUUUUUCCCUUCACACAAACAAAACACAAUACUUUGCUUCCAGGGUUUCGUUUUUCUCCUCUGUAAAUUCUCUCCUCUCCGAUCUCCGUCAAUUUUCAAUUUCGUGAACUUCCGAUUCGCAAAGAUCCGGUUACGUUUUUUUGGUUUUUUUUGGUUGUUUGGUGGCGGAACCCUAAUUUUAUCGGGAUUUGGAAGAUUUCAUGCGAUGCGAAGAGGAAUUGAGGUUCGUUUAGGUGUUUGAAGAUCUUGCGGUUUUGGUUUGGUUCGAUUUGAUUUGAUUUUUGAAAAAAAAAGAAAAAAGAAAAGAGGUAUCGCGAUUCGCGAUGGAUGUGGAUUUUAAUGGUGAUGUAGCGAGUUUGGAUGCUGAGCUUUUGCAGUUACCUGAGUUGUCUCCUUUGGCUAUUAAAACGAAUCCUUUUGUUGCCGAGAAGCUAUUUGAUCAAUGGCUUUCGCUUCCUGAUACUGCCGCUUUGGUGAAAUCUUUGAUUAAGAAUGCCAAAGGUGGCGGUCCAUUGAAUGUGUCUACUACAUCGUCUGGGACAAAUGUCGUGGCAACUAAUUCUUUGCCGUCCAUGUUUCCUGCUGGAAGUACACCUCCACUUUCUCCAAGAAGCUCAUCUGGUUCACCUCGAAUCUCAAAGCACAGGGCUGGACCCUCUUCAUUGGGGUCUCCUCUGAAAUUAAUUAAUGAGCCUGCAAAAGAACUGAUACCACAGUUUUACUUUCAAAAUGGUCGCCCCCCUCCAAAUGAAUUGAAGGAACGCUGUUUGUUUAGGAUAAACCAGUUCUUUUAUGGUCAUACUGAUGGGCUACAAAUGAAUGAGUUUAAACCAAUUACAAAGGAAAUAUGCAAGCUGCCCUCGUUCUUCUCCGCUGUCCUUUUUAAGAAGAUCGAUGUUGACGGCACUGGCGUCAUAACCAGGGAUGCCUUUGUUGAUUAUUGGAUACACGGGAACAUGUUGACAAAAGAUAUAGCAACUCAAAUGUACACAAUCUUGAAGCAGCCGGACCUUAGAUACCUCGUGCAGGAUGACUUCAAACCCAUUCUUCGGGAACUUUUGGCAACACAUCCAGGGUUGGAGUUCUUACAGAGCACACCUGAAUUUCAAGAGCGUUAUGCUGAAACUGUAGUAUACAGAAUAUUUUAUUACGUAAAUCGAUCGGGUAAUGGCCGUCUUACCCUCAAGGAGCUGAGACGUUCUGACCUUAUUGCUGCAAUGCAACAUGCGGAUGAAGAAGAUGACAUUAACAAGGUCCUAAGGUACUUCUCGUAUGAACAUUUUUACGUGAUAUAUUGCAAGUUUUGGGAGCUUGACACCGAUCAUGAUUUUCUCAUUGAUAAAGAGAACCUCAUUCGAUAUGGCAACCACGCCCUUACGUACAGGAUUGUUGAUAGAAUAUUUUCUCAGGUUCCUAGGAAGUUCACCAGUAAAGUUGAAGGGAAGAUGGGCUACGAAGAUUUUGUUUACUUUAUAUUGUCAGAGGAGGAUAAAUCAUCAGAGCCUAGUCUUGAAUACUGGUUCAAAUGCAUAGAUAUGGAUGGAAAUGGGGUUAUAACUAGGAAUGAGAUGCAAUUCUUUUAUGAGGAGCAGUUGCAUAGAAUGGAAUGCAUGGCCCAAGAGCCAGUGCUUUUUGAGGAUAUUUUGUGUCAAAUAGUUGACAUGGUCAGUCCAGAGAAUGAAAGCUAUUUUACAUUACGUGAUUUGAAGGGAAGCAGGCUCUCCGGUAGUGUUUUUAACAUACUUUUUAACCUCAAUAAGUUCAUGGCUUUUGAAACCCGCGACCCCUUCCUAAUUCGUCAGGAGCGUGAGAACCCAAAUCUGACUGAAUGGGAUCGCUUCGCUCACAGAGAAUAUAUUAGGCUCUCAAUGGAGGAAGAUGCAGAGGAUGCCUCCAAUGGAAGUGCAGAUGUCUGGGAUGAAUCACUUGAGGCUCCCUUCUGAGUUCUAGUCUGUGAGAUAGAAUGGUGUGCCUAUUAGCAAAUCUUGUUUCAAGCUGGCUAUUGAGUUGCAAAGAGUUAGUUUGCACGGAACAGUCAAGUGGGACAAGCUUAUCCGUGUGUGUCACCAAGAUGUUAUUAUGAGAUAGCCGAGGAGGAAAUGUUUGUUUGAACUGCAUAGAGUAUGCUCUCAUGAAGUAUAAGGGCAUGCUAGUGUUGGAAGCUCCUGACUUGAAACAUCAAGGGCUUUGCAAGUGCGCCGAUUGGUGAUAGAUGAUUAAUGAAAAACUAGAUUCCAGUAGUUCAUAACUUCGCUCCACGCUUGUUCCCUCUUUAGCUGUACCAAGUCCAUAUUUCUUAUUUAUUUGUUCUAGUGCCGAUUUUUGGUGGUUGCAAAUACAGUUUUUCUUGAAGAGGUUUAGUAUGGCUAGUCCCACAGCCCAUGUGGAUCAGCUUUUUGCUCCUUCUAUUAUUCUUUUGUGGAUUAGACUCUUCUUUUAGUGGCAUGUGAAUCAUGGUAGUUCUGUAUUGACUGUGUAAUGAUAUAUGGCUUCCCUAUUUCUGUCAGCCUUUCUAA